AGACCUCACUCUCGAGCGCAGACACUGAAAUAAGCGACCCUAGCCUUCUAUCAGAAACAAGUGCCUCACAAGCUGUGGAAGGGGUUACCGCACCAACAGAAACGGAUAGACUAAGCCCCCAGCCGUUAGAUCUCAAGAAAGGGGAAGUGAUGAAGGAGACCGGAAGCCAGGGGACCCACACCCCAGAUGAACACGGGAGAUCUUCAGCAGAGCCCGACACACAAGCCAAGACAGACUCAGCGUCCAAACAAUCGAUAGCGAGGGCACCCCCGGAUGUGACUGCGCCAAGCCAUAUUUUCGGGCCGGCAGCAAACGGGUACGGGUACAGCCUUUUAGCGGCAGCUGCUGCCGCUGCAGCAUCCGGGGAGUCGAGUCGAGAGACUCCCGAAGAUCUCACCGUCAAAGACGAAGACGACGAUGACGACGGUGACGAUGACAGCGAUAAGAUGGGAGAGACGGCCCCCGGUGUCGACCCCGAGAGGCUGAAAGCAUUUAAUAUGUUCGUCAGAUUAUUCGUAGACGAGAACCUCGACCGAAUGGUUCCGAUCUCCAAACAGCCCAAAGAAAAGAUACAAGCCAUCAUUGAAGCCUGCUACCGACAGUUUCCGGAGUUCCACGAAAGAGCCCGAAAGAGAAUCCGAACCUACCUCAAAAGCUGUCGACGGAUGAAACGGCAACGGGACCAAAAUGGGCUGGACUCGUCGUUGCGGCCCACUCCGCCCCAUCUCACGUCAGCACGAGCCGAGCAUAUUCUAGCCGCCGCAUGUGAGAGUGAAAGUGAGAACGCAAAAAGGCUAAGAAUGGAACUCAUGCAGGCUGGCCACACAGUAACUUCUGUUACUACGAGCGAAUCAGUACGAGUAGAGCCUCAACAUCGGGCGACGCCCCCUCACACCACCCCCGUUCCCUCCAGUCGGGUGGCGACGUACUCAGAUGAGCCGCCUGCGAAGCUGACUGCCCGCCCCACAGCAGACUACCGCUUCAAUGGAGUCGGAACGCAUGAUCCAUACUACGCUAGUAUCGCACCACAUCACACGGCAAACGUGCUGCAAGCAACACAACAUGCUCAACUAACAAAUGGACCAACAGAUCUCAGUGUCAAGAAGAUGACUUCAAAAACCCAGCUCAGUCAGACGGAGGUGACCAACAUCCGCCAGCUCAUCACAAGUUACCGGGAGUCGGCCGCCUUCCUCUACAGGUCGGCCGAUGAGCUCGAACAAAUGCUGCUUCAACUCAACUGAAAAACAACUGAACUUGACUGAUUCACUCCACAGCACUUAUUCCAGAAAUGACGGUUAUCGGAAGUUGGCCACAUUCCUCCACAGGGCCCCGUCUCACAAAGAGCUACGAUUGAUGUCAUCAACCACAGCUAUGGAAAGCCACCAAUGUCAUAAAAUUAUAGAUGAACACAACAUUCCUUUGGCAAUGGGAGGGGCAAACUGAUUUGUAUCGACAAUUAUGCAUGACUGUACAUCUGGCCCGUAUUCUGAAGUCGGGUUUAACUUGUACCAUGUCAAGCAGGUCUAGGUCUGUGCUGAAAUUAUGGAUAGCCAAACAUGUCAAAAUUUUACAUUGUCUGUUUCUGACGUUUACUGUGUUGUUUUCUAACUAGUGAUAUGGAUAGAUCCAUACACCAUACAUUGAAAUUAUUCUAUUAGAGAUUUAUGCCACUAUAUGCUAUCCAUAGUUAAACCACAACUUGAAAACUUGAAAAUCAGAGGUAAGAUUAAACCUGGACUUCAGAAUACGGCCUCAUAUAUUUAUAAUUACAAGUUACUUUGAACAGACAUUAGCAUUCUAGAGGUUGGGUUCACUGGAUUUUUAUAGUUGAGAUCAAUUCGAUUGAUCGCAAUUCAUUGUGGUGAUGGACCCUGGUCAGCCACUGAGCUAGAACAAAUGCUGCUCCAACUUGACUAAACAACUUCCUUUUCAUUCAAUCCAUGGGAAUGUUUCACAAGACUUACGGUGGUAUUCUGAUAGCCACGGUUUGGAUAAACCUGGGUCAACUUAGAUCACGCUUUUAUGGAGUGCCAGUUGUCAACUUUUUCACCAGUUAUUCUUAUCCUGCUGAAAAAAAGUUGUCGAAAAAGUAAUGGAGUCGUGACAUGGGAUGAAUAUGACAAUACAAGAAAUAAAGUGAAUUUAAAUGAUUAAUUGGUACAUAAUCAUUUCCAUGAAUAUGGAAGAAGUAUUAUGAAGCCAGCAUUCCAUAAAAGUGUGUAAUAACAUUCAAGUUUAGACUAGGGUUAAACCUAGGUUUAAUUAUCAGAAGACCGCCCAUAGUAUCUAUUCCCCAAACAUCUAGGAUUACUUGUGUUAUCAUUUUAUUUACUGUGGGGAAAUAUCCAAAUUGGACAGUUGUUGAUAACUAUGUGAACGUGGGAUGUAUAUGGAUUUCAAGAAUGGUAUACCAAACGAAAUCUACUACAUUGUCUCAUUAAAGGGGAAGUUCACCUUGACAAAAAGUUUAUAGUAAAAAUAGCAGAAAAAA